AACUCAGAAUUAUUUGAAACGCGAUACAAAGCAGACGAAGAGAGUUCGGUGCAAACCGAGGAGUUUGAGUUUACUAGACUCGCAACGCAAGUUUAUUCAACGUUAUUGUUAUUAUUGAGUGUGAAGAGAAUCUGAAGACAAACAAAAUGCCAGCCAUUGGAAUAGAUCUGGGUACCACAUACUCGUGCGUCGGCGUGUGGCAGCACGGCAACGUGGAGAUCAUCGCCAACGACCAGGGCAACCGCACCACACCAUCCUAUGUGGCCUUCACGGACACGGAGCGCCUCAUCGGAGACGCAGCCAAGAACCAGGUCGCCCUCAACCCCAACAACACGGUGUUCGACGCCAAGCGACUGAUCGGAAGGAAAUUCGACGACCCCAAGAUCCAGGCAGACAUGAAACACUGGCCCUUCAGGGUGGUCAGCGACUGCGGCAAACCGAAGAUCCAAGUGGAGUUCAAGGGGGAAACGAAACGGUUCGCGCCCGAGGAGAUCAGCAGCAUGGUGCUGACGAAGAUGAAGGAGACGGCGGAAGCUUACCUCGGAACGACAGUACGCGACGCGGUGAUCACAGUGCCGGCGUACUUCAACGACUCUCAGCGCCAGGCCACCAAGGACGCGGGAGCCAUCGCCGGGCUGAACGUGCUCAGGAUCAUCAACGAGCCCACAGCCGCUGCGCUCGCGUACGGCCUCGACAAGAACCUCAAGGGCGAGAGGAACGUCCUCAUCUUCGACCUCGGCGGCGGAACGUUCGACGUGUCGAUCCUGACCAUCGACGAAGGCUCGUUGUUCGAAGUGAGGGCGACGGCGGGCGACACGCAUCUCGGAGGCGAGGACUUCGACAACAGAUUGGUGAACCAUCUCGCGGACGAGUUCAAGCGCAAGUACAAGAAGGACAUGCGCAUGAAUCCUCGCGCACUGCGCCGCCUCCGCACAGCCGCCGAGCGCGCUAAGCGCACGCUGUCGUCCAGCACCGAAGCCACCAUCGAGAUCGACGCGCUCUACGAGGGAAUCGACUUCUACACUCGCGUGUCCCGCGCGCGCUUCGAAGAGCUCAACGCAGACCUGUUCCGAGGCACCCUCGAGCCGGUCGAGAAGGCGCUCAAGGACGCCAAGAUGGACAAGAGCCAGAUCCACGACGUCGUCCUCGUCGGAGGCUCCACCAGGAUCCCGAAGGUGCAGAGUCUGCUGCAGAACUUCUUCUGCGGCAAGAAGCUGAACCUCUCCAUCAACCCGGACGAGGCGGUCGCGUACGGCGCGGCCGUCCAGGCGGCCAUCCUGAGCGGCGAGCAAGACUCGAAGAUCCAGGACGUGUUGCUGGUGGACGUGGCCCCUCUGUCCCUCGGCAUCGAAACCGCCGGCGGCGUGAUGACGAAGAUCAUCGAGCGCAACUGUAAGAUCCCGUGCAAGCAGUCGCAGACGUUCACCACGUACUCGGACAACCAGCCGGCGGUCACGAUCCAAGUGUACGAGGGCGAGCGAGCGAUGACCAAGGACAACAACCUGCUGGGCACGUUCGACUUGACCGGCAUCCCGCCCGCGCCGCGCGGCGUCCCUAAGAUCGACGUCACCUUCGACCUGGACGCGAACGGCAUCCUCAACGUGUCGGCCAAAGAGAACAGCACCGGCCGAAGCAAGAACAUCGUGAUCAAGAACGACAAGGGACGCCUGUCGCAGGCCGAGAUCGAGCGCAUGCUCGCCGAGGCCGAGAAGUACAAGGAUGAGGACGAGAAGCAGAGGCAGCGCGUAGCGUCUCGGAACCAGCUCGAGUCGUACGUGUUCAGCGUGAAGCAGGCGCUGGACGAGGCCGGAGACAAGCUCUCGGAACAGGACAAGAGCACGGCGAGGGACGCGUGCGACGACGCGCUCAAGUGGCUCGACAACAACACGCUGGCGGAGCAGGAGGAGUACGAGCACAGGCUGAAGGACGUGCAGCGCGUCUGCUCGCCCGUCAUGGCCAAGAUGCACGGCGCGGGCGCGCAGGGAGCGGCCGGUAUGCCUGGUGGCAUGCCUGGUGGCAUGCCUGGAGGAAUGCCUGGAGGAAUGCCUGGUGGCUUUGGUGGCAUGCCUGGAGGAAUGCCUGGAGGAAUGCCUGGUGGCAUGCCUGGAGGAAUGCCUGGUGGCAUGCCUGGAGGAAUGCCUGGAGGAAUGCCUGGUGGCUUUGGUGGCAUGCCUGGAGGAAUGCCUGGAGGAAUGCCUGGUGGCAUGCCUGGAGGAAUGCCUGGUGGCUUUGGUGGCAUGCCUGGCGGAUACGGAGGCUACCAACAGCACAGUGGGCCAACCGUGGAAGAAGUCGACUAAACUAAUGUUCCUGAAAUCAUGUAGCUGAGAUCUGCAUUUAAUUUAUAAGACUGAUUAUUAUUUAUUUUAUUUGUAGCAUAAUUCAACAGAGGAAAAUCAAUGUAUUGUUAAGUUUGUAAAUAUGUAAAUAGUACC